AUGAAGACCGCCGCCUUCCUCUGCGCCGUCCUGGCUACCACUGCCAUUGCCCAGCCCCAUCAGCAUGGAAGCAAACGCCGCCAUGUCCACGGCAAGCACCAGAAGCGUCACCUCGUCACCGAGUGGGUUACCGAGACCGCAUACGUGACCGAAUAUGUUGAUUCAACCUCCACCGUUUGGGUUGAACCCGAGGUCUCGUCCACCAGCUCGGCGCUUCCUACCACCUCCGUUCCCGCCCAAUUCUUUGAGCCCGCCGACCAGCCGUCUUACACCACCUUGUCAACCUCCACCAAGCCUUCCGCGGCUGCUUCUCCCAUCAAGGAAUCCGUUCAGCAGCAGGCGCCAGCUCCCAUCCCCACCACCACAUCUACGCCCGUCCCUGCUCCCCAGACCCCGACUCCCGAGCCCGUCCCGACUUCAACCUCUGUCUACGUUGCUCCCCCGCCGGCUCCUACCACGUCCACUACUCCCGCCCCCGCGCCUCAACCUACUACCAGCCAGGCCCCUCCCGCGACCACUUCCGCUGCUUCUGGUGGUUCCGGCGGUGGUUCUGGCGGCACCACGCACACUGGUGACCUGACUUACUACGCUGUUGGUCUUGGCGCCUGCGGUGAGGACGACAGCGGCAAGGACAACACCGAGAACAUUGUUGCCGUCUCUCACUUGGUCAUGGGUGCCCAGUCCAACGGCAACCCGUACUGCGGAAAGAAGGUCCAGAUCACCUGCAACGGCAAGACCACCACUGCCACCGUCCGCGACAAGUGCAUGGGCUGCGAGGCGGAUGCCAUUGACGUCAGCGAGAAGGCCUUCCUCGAACUCUUCGGCAGCCUCGGCGUUGGUCGCGGAACUGUCGAGUGGAAGUUCCUUGACUGA